AUGUCCCUCCUUUCAGACAGGCAAAAGGAAGAACUGUACGUUCUACGCUCCUUCGCGUUCAUAUUAUGUCUCUUCAGCCACAAGUCCAUCCUGGAAUAUCUGCAUGCCAAUAAUUUUAUGGAAUCAUACAAUGCUCUCAAGGCAGACACGGGAGUCGAUUACACGCCGGACGCCAAGUCCAGGUACGGGGGCCUGCUCGAGAAAAAGUGGACGAGUGUGAUUCGGCUGCAGAAGAAGAUCAUGGACUUGGAGAAUCGAAAUGCAGCUCUGCAAGAAGAGCUUUCUCUCGCACCCGCGAAACGUGCUGCCCUUCAGACAGAUUGGGUGCCGAGGGCACCGGCAUCCUACACGCUCACAGGCCAUCGUGGUGAGAUCACGAGGGUUGCCUUUCAUCCUAUGUUCAAUCUGCUCGCGUCCGCGAGUCAGGAUGCCACUGUGAAGGUUUGGGACUGGGAGACGGGCGAAUUCGAACGGACGCUGAAGGGCCAUACGAGACAUGUCACCGAUCUUGACUUCGAUAGCAAGGGGAAGCUGUUAGUCACUUGCUCAUCUGAUCUAUUUAUCAAGAUAUGGGACGUCGAAAAUGAGUGGAAGAACACUAAAACCUUCCCUGGACACGAGCACACCGUGUCCGCUGUGCGCUUUAUGCCUGGAGACCAGCAAGUGGUUAGUGCUAGCCGAGAUCGCACUAUCCGGAUAUUUGACGUAGCGUCGACACAUCUCAUUCGGACCAUUACUGGUCAUUCAGAGUGGGUGCGAUGUGUAACGCCGUCAGAUGAUGGCAAGCUUCUUGCCAGUUCUUCGAAGGAUCACACCCUACGAUGCAUCGACCCUACGACUGGUGAGACGAAGAUGGAGUUUAGAGGACACGAGAACGAUGUAGAAGUGGUAGUGUUUGCUCCUGCUACUGCCUAUGGCCCCGUCCGUGAGCUAGCUGGCAUACCAAAUACGGAUAAGUCAAAACGGCCGGGCCAGUACGUCGCGAGUGGAAGCAGAGACAAGACGAUCAAGAUCUGGGAUACCCAAACAGGGCAGCUGCUCAGGACACUGAGCGGACACGACAAUUGGGUUCGUGCGAUUGUAUUCCAUCCUAGUGGCAAAUACUUGCUGUCGGGCUCCGAUGACCAUACAAUCCGAGUGUGGGAACUCGCCACUGGACGCUGUGUGAAGACCGUCCAAGCGCAUUCACAUUUCGUAACAUGUCUCGCGUGGGGUCGGCAGCCUACUUCUACCAACGAGAACGGAGCAUCAACAAAUGGAUCCCCAGCACCAGAGCUAGAGAAGAUAAUCAACGUUGUUGCAACAGGAAGUGUAGAUCAGACUGUUAAGAUAUGGUUGCCAUAA